ACAGGGUCUUGCUAUGUUGCCCAUACUGGUCUCAAGUUCCUGGGCUCGCUGAAGUGAUUUUCUCACCUUAGCCUCCCAAAGUGCUGGGAUUACCACCAUGCCUGGCCACCUUUCUUUUCAAUGCUACUCCCCAGCCUAAUGCCCUUCCGUGGUUCCUUUUACUCAUGGAUAAAGUAAAAAAGACCUGGAAGGCCAGCCCCACCUUUUCCAACCUCACCUUCUGAUUUUCUCUACCCUUAACCCAUUGCUCCAGCCAUUCUCUCCAUUCCCAAAUGAACCAGGCUCUCUCACACACUGCCUGGCUUUCACAAGUGCUGCUGCCUUUUGCACACAACAUACUCCACAUUACCAUUCCCCAAAUCCAUUUAAUUAAACUAUUUUUCACACAUCCUUCCAAACUAAAGCCUUCCCAGGGAUCCCUGUCUUAUGCAUUUCCUUGUCAGCCUAUACUACCCUUCAUCACAAUAUUUAUUACAAUAGACUGUUGACAAUCUGAGAACAGUACUGUGUUUUAUGUUUAUGUCUUCACAGGUUAGCACAGUGCCUGGCAUGAUAGUGUUCAAUAAAGAUUCAUUCAAAGAAUAAAUGAGUAAUCAACGAGAGACACCAAGUUAUGAUGUAAUGUUGCAAAGUAUAUAAUGCUUUGACAGUUCUUUCUCUUCUUUUUUUACCAUCCUUUCUUUUAAUCAUUCUUUUCUUUGAUUUGUUGUAAUGGGCAAACUCGGAAUCAGGUGUCAUUGCAAGCCUCCCAGUAUAAUUAGGAAAAAAAUUUCCCCAGAUUUGCAGGGAGUUGGGGCUGAUAGUCACUUUCAAGCCAUGCAAAAUCUGAAAUUAACAUAAAGCUACACAAAGCUUUUAUGACAAUGGGCCCUCUGACUCAGCUUCAGAGAUGAGAGCAAAGAAUUGCCCUUUGUUCUUUCCUCAUACUCCCCCUAGUGGCAAGAACUCCAAGUAAGCUAAGGAAGAAAAUUAAACCCAUUUGAUCCAGAGCUCGCUCUUUCUCAAUGCCUCAUUCAGUCUCUAAAACAUCGAGAUUCCUUCACACCACCUAUUCCAAGAGAAAAGGCCAAAACUGGAAGCACAUUCCCCUUGAGAACUGGAACAAGAAAAGGAUGCCCAUUUUCACCACUCUUAUUCAACAUAGUACUGGAAGUCCUAGCCAGGGCAAUCAGGCAAGAGAAAGAAAUAAAGAUAUUCAAGUAGGAAGAGAGGAAGGUAAACUAAUUAUCUUUGCCAACAAUAUGAUUCUAUACCUAGAAUACCCUAAAGACUCUCCCAAAGGUUCCUGGAACUGAUAAACAAAUUCAGUAAAGUUUUAGGAUAUAAAACAUUUUCAAUGUAUAAAAAAAUCAGUAGCAUUUUUUACACCAAUAAUGUUCUAGCUAAUAACCAAAUCAAGAACACAAUCCCAUUUACAGUAGCUGUAAUGGUGUUGGUAACUUAGCUGACUCUCACAAAGUUUUGAAUACAUAUAGAUAGAAACCUAGCCAUAAUAAGCCACUAAAACCCCACAACUGUGUAUCAUUGUAGGACUUACAGAGAAUAUUUAUGUAUAUUAGUGCAUCUUAACACAACUUCUGUGCAUUGUUGCUUUCAGCAUUUUACUAUGAGGGGCAAAGGAGGGCUAACUGGUGAAAAUUCAAAGAAUUUCUCCUAGAAACGGAGGAAUUCAGCUUCGCUAAAGAAAGGACAUACCAACUAAAAUAGUUGGUCCUCCCGUGCAUUAGAGGGCGAAGCAGCUGGAUGUGACGCUGUAUGAUAAAUGAACGGCUUGCUGCAGAACACUUUCCAGACGGUUUCGUUGGCCUCCGCACUAUGCGGUCACCCAGAAUGCUCAGCAGCCGCGGACUUCAGGACCCAGGCUGCUGUGCGGCGAAAUACAAGUCUAACUCCGCCGACCGUAGCGCGUAAUGGCCGCUGGUUAUCUUGGGGGAGCCUGCUGUUGGACUAUGCCCCACUGCCAGGAAACAGGCGCCGGAAGGUUCUCCAACAAGAUCCCGCUUUACUGGGGCGGUAAAGCCGUUCACAGGUCUGGAAGGGGCUGUGGGAGAAGCGGGGCAGCGCUGAGCCAUGCUCAUGAACUAUGAGAAGGCCCAGUUUCGUGGCACCACGGUGGCGCCCGCGCUGGAAGGUGGUCUUGUGACCGACCGAAAACUACAAUUCCCAGCAUUCCUGUGAUGCCAGAACUACCUUGCCCGAAAGCCUGUGAGAGAUUCAACCCGUCUUCCGCCUCCCGCCUCCCGCCCACCGGAAAACUCUGAGGACAUGAGUCGUCGCCGGGCUUGGCGGUUCUUGCUUUUCCAAGGCAGCGGAGAUCGCUGGGUUUCAAGCCCCCGCGGGCAUUUCUCGCCGGCCCUGCGGAGAGACUUCUUCACUACCACAACCAAAGAGGGAUAUGAUAGGCGUCCAGUGGACAUAACUCCUUUAGAACAAAGGAAAUUAACUUUUGAUACCCAUGCAUUGGUUCAGGACUUGGAAACUCAUGGAUUUGACAAAACACAAGCAGAAACAAUUGUAUCAGCAUUAACUACGUUAUCAAAUGUCAGCCUGGAUACUAUCUAUAAAGAGAUGGUCACUCAAGCUCAACAGGAAAUAACAGUACAACAGCUAAUGGCUCAUUUGGACUCUAUCAGGAAAGACAUGGUCAUCCUAGAGAAAAGUGAAUUCGCAAAUCUGAGAGCUGAGAAUGAGAAAAUGAAAAUUGAACUAGACCAAGUUAAGCAACAACUAAUGCAUGAAACCAGUCGAAUCAGAGCAGAUAAUAAACUGGAUAUCAACCUAGAAAGGAGCAGAGUAACAGAUAUGUUUACAGAUCAAGAAAAGCAACUUAUGGAAGCAACUACAGAAUUUACAAAAAAAGAUACCCAAACCAAAAGUAUUAUUUCAGAGACCAGUAAUAAAAUUGAUGCUGAAAUUGCUUCCUUAAAAACACUGAUGGAGUCUAACAAACUUGAGACCAUUCGUUAUCUUGCAGCCUCAGUGUUUACUUGCCUGGCAAUAGCAUUGGGAUUUUAUAGAUUCUGGAAGUAGUAUUAAUGCUCGUACUGCUGCGGCUAUUGGCUUCUUAGAACACCAAACCAAGAGAGAUUCACUUUGAACAUUGUCAGCUGCAGCAAAACUUGACUACACAAGUUUAUUUAAAGUAUACAUGGACUAAAAGAGGAAGUGUUUUAGAAUGAGAAGACAUAUUUUAUCUUUAUAGUGUGUGUGUCUUUAUAUUGAAAAGCUGUCAUUCAAACCUGGUUUGAGAUGGAAGAGCGUUUCGUCCUUUUGAUAGUUCAUAGAAAUUGAACCAGUUUUCUUGUGUUUGCUUGAACAAUUGUGUAAAUCAUACAGGAUUCUGUUGGUAUUGGCUACAUAUUUGAAAACUAUUCCCUAGCCUACAUACUUAUUACUCAAAUAACUUUCCUAAUAACCAUUGCAUAAUUACAUUUUUCUAUAAAAUAAAAGAUUAUUAAAACAAA